AUGGCGUCUCCUCAACCAGCACUUGGUUCUACUUCGACUCAACCGUCUCCUCUCACAUCAACAACAUCGACCUUGCUAUCUGUCACACGUACGAGUCCUACCUCAACAACCGCAACCCUUCCAGCAUUGACGACGCCAUGGGGAAGUCCUCAGAGCUGCACCUGGACAUAUGUUGUCAGUCACCCCGAAGAGACUGCCUCGCCAGGCGCCGUCGCAUUUCUGGACCUCGAGCCCAUGCCCGGAGCCAGCACUUUGUCGUGUUAUCCUAAUGGCAUGUUCUCAUAUGGUCGCACAGGCAUAUUCAGUCCAGUAAGUCUUGACCAAAUGAUUGCUGUUGUCGAUUUUCACGCUGACCUACGCCUGGCCGUGCCCAUCACCUACGACACGAUAGCAGGUACAUACGAUGUUCUUACCCAAUACACAACAACAUUGUAUAGUGCCAUGUUGGCAGUCAGCACCAUUCAGGUGCAAUUUACAGCUGAGGACAAGAAGGAACUGGGAAUCGGCUCAGAUCAAGAUGACGUAUCUCGCACCUUGUCCAUGGGUGCCCGUAUUGGCAUCGCCGUGGGUGCUUGCGCAUUCGUAUUGCUCUGCCUUUGCCUAAUCUAUUACCUCCUUGCCAUGAGGCGACGGUCUCGAGAGGGCUUGACCAAGGACCGCCUGAUGCGGGACUUGAAAACUAUGCACCGUCGCGGGCCAUCGCAUGUCGAUGGCCCGUACGCGGGAGAUUUGAGCAUGUCUUCCACCAUCUCUAGUACACAAACAGCGUACGAACGACGUGAGCCACCACCCGCAUACGAUCCGGGUCGCGCGAGGAGGAUUCCCGAAAGCCGUGAUGCUGAUAGUGGCCGACAGCGAGACGGACAAAUUAGAGCGCUCAACGAGCAGAAGGCGGUGAUAGAGCAACGCAUCGAAGAACUGCAAAUGCAGGAGACUGCGCGACAUGAGCCCUUGGCGCCUAGAAAUUGA